CAAUGCCUGCUGCAAAGAGACUCCAUUUGGAGAACUGGCAACCAUACGUUGCUUCUAAUGACCAAACCGUGGACUUGCCGCCCUUGUUGAUUGACGUGCUCAACGACAACACAUUAGAACCCGACCAAAUUGAUAUACCGAAAAUUGGCCAAGACCCCAAGCACUUUGGGGAAUACUUUCAUCAACGCCUCCUUCUCGUCACGAAGCCAAUGGUGCCCGUCCUCUACAUAGCGGAUGCAACUGAGUUGAACGAGAACACAUCAAAGGAGGCAGCCGAGGUGAUUUGCAAGUACUUCCUGGCGCUCAACAAGGAUAUUUUGACUGUCGUCGAGCUUAAGCGGCUUGUGCGAUAUGCUGAUAAUUCUUCUCCUGUUGCGGUUGCCGUCGCCGAAGAGAUCCUGGGACUACUCAAGCAACAUGGCGCAUUGUUUAAAAAUGAUCCGGUCUCUCGAUUUGGCUUUUCUGAUGACCCUUACCUGGUGGUGAGAAAGCUACAACGGGGCAUGUAUGCACUCCCUCCUGAAGAGAGCAGGCAUCAAGGGAGAAUUGAAGAAGGUUACGAACCGCGCGAGCUCAUGUACCUAGAUGUAUAUGUCCGUCUUCUCGAUCCCAACAACUCUGCUUCUACCGAUGUAAACGCCUUUAAAGAAGUUCUAAGAACGGAUCGACAAACUUCUGCGCCCUCGCAAGCAUGUUCCUCCCCAGCAGCCUCGGUGUUGAGUUUGAAAUGGAAGUUCUUGGAUCUUGGGCUAAUUUAUCGGUUCAAGGACACAAUGGAUCAUACUCAUUACCUCCCUCUAUGCCCGUCUGCCCAGAAAGCUCUCUUAACAAUGUAUAUGUCGUUCGACAUACCUGAAAAUGUGAAAAACGGA